UUUCACUCAUUCCAUUGGCUCGAAUUGGAACGGGACUUUCAUUUUUAGCCUGAUAUAAGAUUUCCAAGAUUGCCCUUGAUUUAUCACUCCUUGAGCUUGCACAAAUGCAGCAACGCCAUUCGUCAACAUAGAGAUUGGGAGGGCAUCAGUUUCAAUUUCAGUCUCACCCAACAAAAUUGCUUUUGCGCUUAUUGAUCCCCGUUCCCAAAAAGCGUUCAUGCGUGUGUUCCAAUAUUAGCCCAAUAUCAUUCGCUCAACAACGGACGGUUCGGCUCGUUGUUUGCUCAAUACUCGUGUUGAUGAGGAGACUCCUGGAUGCGAUCUUCUACGUAGGAGUUUCUUGGUUCCUCCAACAACAGAGGAGUGCUAAAAGAAUUUCGGCACUGGUCUUGGGUUCCGAGACAAGUAUUGAAGUCAGAUAAGGCCAGAGAGCUUUUGACGAGGCCUGGCUCAGGAACAUUGGAUCAUCGGAUCCAUAAGGCUUUUUUAUCUACGAUGAGCUGGGCUAAUUUGUAAGACCAAGCAUUCUGUCAACUCUUUUUUCGAGCGUUGAUGGCAAAGAAAUGUCAAGAUGAAUUGAAGCCUCUUGAAUCAAGGAGCAGCAUCAGCAGCCAUGAUUUAUGGGCUGUGAUGUGGAACAUCCAAAUCCACCUCGGCUUGCAUGUAAAACUUUCGCUAUGCAAAUAUGGCGUGGCUGCCCAAUUUCAAGUUGAACCAAACUUUUUCCUCUCCAUUUCUUUCUCUCACACCCUCCAAACAAAACUCGAAAGGAAGGGCAAGUUCUCUUUGUGAGGCGGGAAUCAACGAUCAAGGGCUUAAAACAAAUUCUCGAAUUCCAAACUGCCAGACGUGCGAGUAAAGGAACCUGCGUGAAAAUCAGCCAGCACUCGCAACCACAAAUUCUCUCAUGGGUCCACAUAGACGUGUGCAAGUUCCAAGUGAGAAUUAGAGACAGUUUUUCUUAGAGCUCGGAAUGUGUUCCCGAGAGCCUCCAUGCCUCUUAUCCCAUCUUAUCCUACCCGGAGCCACUUCCAUCAACUAUCAUUACCCCAAGAGGAGCACACAUUUAUUAGACAACGAAAGUGCCGUCAACUCAUAUCGUGAUGUUGAUUACCAUGACGAAAAGACGCAGACAUCGCCAUCACCACCACAAAGCUCCUGAGCGGCUACUUCAAGAGCUUGACUUGCAUUCUUGAGGGGCCUUUCUGGCCACUUGAGUUGAACAAUCAUUCAUUAUGCACGUGGUGAGCUCUGGAGGUGGAAAAAGAACCACUUAUGGCAAUACUAAGAGCUCCAAACAACAAAGCUCAUCCUCCGGUGGAGGCGGAGGUGGAGGCGGAGGCGGAGGAGGGGGCUCUAAUAGUAAGACUAACUCAGGCACUGUUUAUCGAAUCGGAAAUAAGAAGUUCACUUUCGACGGGAAGGAUGGAAAGACCUUGGACGAUGUCAUUGAGGAAUUGGUGGCAACAUCCGCGAGUGAUCGCAAUUGGAAGGGCAUGUUCAUUGCCACAAUUGUGAUCUUGGCCGUGUUAGGCCUCAUUGUCUUGUCUGUCAUCCUUCUCACGCCCCCACAGGAUCAAAGGCCAACGGGCCGAAAGAUCUCCUUUGGCGACUUUCUUUCCGGGAAUCUGUCCGGGAACCAUUUCAACGGUACUUGGAUAUCAGGUAAGACGAUCGAACAUCCCUUGGAGCCCGGAGCAUUUGACCCUCCCACUCAUGCUCUCCGCUCAGACAAGCAAACAGAUCGAUGGACGAGUCUGAUCCGUGUUACCGAUACUCCAAAUCCCGUGGUGCAAGGCAAUGAUCUUCCCAAUGAUGGCAGUCCCCAUCCCCAUUUGCAAUACUUGGGCUGGGCUCCUAAGGGCAAUGCUUACGUUUUCGUCUACAAAAAUAACUUGUACUAUCGCCCAUCCGUUCACAGUCCAAGCGUGUUUCCUUUGUCAUCGGAUGGAGUUCCAAAUGUCAUUUCCAAUGGAGUACCAGACUGGGUCUACGAAGAGGAGAUCUUGAGCCAAAACAACGCGGUGUGGUUUGCCCCGAGUGCCCAAAAACUGGCUUAUAUUCGCUUCAAUGACACUCGGGUGGAGGAGGUGAGUUUGCCAUUGUACGAACCCAGCCCAACUACGUCCUACCCACGAUAUGGUCCAUUGCGCUACCCAAAAGCCGGAACCAGGAACCCGGAGGUCACGCUCAAAGUGGUGGACAUGAAGGAGCUGGACAACGAACGGGUCUACGAGUUGCACCCGCCCUCGGUAAUUAGGAAAAGUGAUCAUUAUCUGGUGAACGUAAAAUGGAUCAACGACGAGGUGCUUUCCACAAUCUGGAUGAACCGGAAUCAGAACCUGUCCAUGGUGGCACACUGCUACCAAUCCAAAUUGUGGGCUUGUGUUGAGACUUACACCGAAACUGCCCGUUCUCGUGGGUGGGUAAAUCUCUACUCCAUGCCCAUUUAUCACCCGGAUGGGAAGGAAGAGUUCUUGGUUCGGUCUCCGGUGCUCGAUGGAUCCCAUGGGCCAUUUCUUCACAUUCUGAAUGUUCAAUAUGGGCAUUCUUCCAUUCAACAGCCCUUGACGCAUGGCAAGUUCGAGGUGGUGAAGAUAUUUGGGUGGGAUCCCACCAGGGAGUACAUUUAUUACUCCGCUACUCCCAAUGGAGAGAGUUCAAAUUUGCAUCUAUAUCGCUUGCGAAGAAUCUUCAAUCAAAGCUCGGAUAGCUUCAUUUCCGGUCACCCUGAAUGUGUCUCCUGUCCAUUAGUGAAGAUGAUCAACCAGACGGAAACGGAAUUGAGUCUUCUCUUAAGGAACCACGUGAUUGGCAAGAACAGCAAAAAUGUGCCACUCCCUCAAGUUCUCACGCCCUCAGGGUGUCUGUACAAUGACGCGAGUUUUAGUCCCGACAUGAGAUAUUUCGUGCUUGAUUGCCGAGGACCCGAUAUCCCACAAACUUUACUUUAUCGAACCAAGAAUCUGUCGCAGUUGGCCAUUCUCAACGACAACUCCGAGCUUCGAGCCAAAACUGUGAAUAUGACCAUGCCAAAGAUUCGGACUUUUACCGUUCCCACUUCCAGUGGUUAUACGGCCAGUGUGAAGGUGUUCCUGCCACCAGAAAUCACUGUGUUUACAUUCUCAUCCUACCCUUUGAUCGUUGAAGUUUACGCCGGUCCAGGAUCCAAGGCCGUUACAAGCCAUUGGAAACACGGCUGGGCGAGCUACCUAGCCAGUUCGCGGGGGUGGAUUGUGGCGAUGAUUGAUGGGCGGGGCAGUGGACGAGACGGCAACGAGCGGCGUUUCGAGGUUCACGAAAAGCUUGGCACUGUCGAAGUGGAUGACCAGAUUGAGGUAACCAAAUACCUCGUGGACAAUCUUCAUAUCAUUGAUCCUCGACGUAUCGCCAUUUGGGGUUGGUCGUAUGGAGGUUUCGUCACCCUGCAUGCCUUGUCAGAUCUCAGACAGGAGAUCUUUCAAUGCGGAAUCGCUGUGGCACCCGUUACAAAUUGGAGGUUCUACGAUUCCGUAUAUUCGGAGCGCUACAUGGGUACACCCGGAAUUGAAGGGAACUUUAAGGGAUAUGACGAGAGUGACAUCAUGAGCCGAGCACAUAAUUUUCGACCAACGGCAAAAACGUUACGAAAGUUAUUCCUUGUUCAUGGAACAAGAGAUGAUAACGUGCAUUUGCAAAAUUCUAUGGUUCUCGCCAAAGCUCUAGUCAGGGAAGGCAUCAAUUUCAAGCAACAGAUUUAUACGGAUGCAACACAUAACUUACGAAGUGUGAGACCACAUUUCUACCUCGCCAUGGAAAGCUUUCUGGACGCAUGUUUCAUGGAUGUAUCCAAAGAGGCGUUAACGCCUGUCGCAUGAUUUCACAUCUUGAUCUCAAAGACUCGAUAUUGACAGGACACGUUCGGAAAUGAAACUUGACAGCCUCGAGGGGACCACGAACCAAGUCCUGAGGCUUAUGUUUACAUGUGAUAUUAGCUACCUUGAUGUUAGAUGAGGUUAUUAUAGGGAGUAGAUUCCAAUAUUGUGCAUAAUUGGAAACACGAAAGUUAUAUCGUAGUAAUAAUAGGAAAAAGGAUGAAAAAAGUAAAUAAAGUUGCUCACGUUUCGGA